ACAUCUCUGUCCUUUGCCCACACACUCCACCUUUCCCUUCUUCUCUCAUAGUCUGAUACCUGAUAAAAACAGUUUCAUUACCCUUCAUCACAUGGGUAUAAAAGCCUCACAAUUGUUUUUGGGCAUCAUUUAUUUCCUUCUCUCUCUCUCUCUCCCCCUCUUGCUCUCUCACCUUCUCUAUAGUCUUUUACUUCUAAUACAAAAACAAAAUCAAUAUAAGUGAACGGACACAGAAGAAAAACGAAGGCUUCUUUGAGGGUUUGGUCUAACAUCUUACUCACCUUAUGCAUUUUCUAUGAGGUUUCUAAUGGUUUUCUGAACUGGGUUUUCAGCCCUUUUGACCUAAAUCGGCGCCGACAUAAAAAUAGCUUGCUGGGUUUCCUGAAUCUGAUCGUCUUUUCCAUGUGGAGUUACUGUAAUUCUUGCUUGAUUCUGGUGUUGGGGGUGUUUUGUUGGGGUUAGAUCCAGGGAUUUAUUUGCAGGUUAGAAAUCUGCUCCAGAUUGAUGGUUAUUGUUGUAAAAUUUUACUGUGGCGUUCUUGGGGCCUGGAUUCUAUUUCUUCAUUUGUUUGAUUCAUCGUUCUUUGGGGCUUUAUGAUGGGUUUUAUUGCCUGUUGCCCUUUUUAAUGUAAUCAGGUACUCUUAUCCUUCUAAUUUUGACUUGUGAUUCACCAAGAAGCAUAGGAAACUAUAGUUGGUUACUAUUUCAUUAUAGUUUUUGGCUUUUUUCUUGGAUUGAAAAUAUAUGGGCUGAGUUGGGCAUUUCAUGGGAGGUGUAGAGGAUGAUGAACCACCCACAAAACGUGUGAAAGCGUCCUCAGGAGAAUUGAGGAGCCUUUUGAACUAUUUGCCUCUUACGGAGCCCCUUACCGGGUCUUUGGGAGACUCGAUGGCUCGGCCUCUACCUUCCCAAGGGGACGAAGAGAUGGUUGGUACUAAAGGACUUAUUAAAAGAGUAGAAUUUGUCAGGAUCAUAACCAAAGCCUUGUAUACUCUUGGUUAUGAAAAGAGUGGAGCUCUUCUAGAGCAAGAGUCUGGUAUACCUUUGCAUCCCUCCAUGGUUAACUUAUUCAGGCAACAAGUGCUUGGUGGAAGUUGGGAUGAAAGUGUGGCCACAUUGCAUAAAAUUGGUCUCUCAGAUGAAACAAUUGUGAAGUCAGCAUCUUUCUUGAUAUUGGAGCAGAAAUUCUUUGAGUUUUUGGAAAGGGAUAAAAUAAUGGAUGCUUUAAUGACGUUAAGGACUGAGAUUGCACCUCUUUGCAUUAAUACAAGCCGAGUGCAUGAACUCUCUGCCUGCAUUGUGUCUCCUUCUCGCCGCUUAUUACUUGGAGUUUCCAGUCAAGAUAUUGUGAAUGCAAACUCACGAUUGAAACUUUUGGAGAAAUUGCAGAAAUUGCUUCCCCCAACAGUUAUGAUACCUGAAAGAAGGUUAGAACAUUUAGUUGAGCAGGCUCUUGAUGUGCAACGAGAAGCUUGUGUGUUUCACAACUCUCUGGAUAGUGCAUUGUCAUUGUACUCUGAUCAUCAGUGUGGAAAGGAUCAGAUUCCUUCUCGUACAUUACAGGUCUUGCAAGCCCACCGUGAUGAAGUCUGGUAUUUGCAAUUUUCGCAUAAUGGAAAAUACUUGGCUUCUUCAUCUAAUGAUCGAUCAGCAAUCAUAUGGGAGGUUAAUGAGGAUGGUGGAGUCUCCUUGAAGCACACACUAACUGGCCACCAGAAACCUGUGCUGACUGUUUCUUGGAGCCCUGAUGAUCGGCAGCUCCUCACUUGUGGAAUAGAGGAGGCUAUCAGACGUUGGGAUGUCAGUUCUGGUGAAUGUCUCCAUAUUUAUGAGAAAGCUGGUGUAGGUUUGAUCUCCUGUGGAUGGCUUCCUGACGGGAAACGGCUGUUCUCUGGUAUGAAUGACAAGAGUAUUUGUAUGUGGGAUUUGGAUGGGAAGGAGCUGGAGUGUUGGAAGGGGCCGCGAACACUGAAAAUCUCAGACAUGGCUCUCACAAAUGAUGGGAAAAGGAUUAUUACCAUGUGUAGGGAAAAUACUAUACUUUUGCUUGACAGGGACGCAAAAGGUGAUAGACUGAUUGAAGAGGAUCAAACAAUUACUUCAUUCUCAUUAUCAAGGGACAAUAAGUUCUUGCUGGUUAAUCUUCUGAACCAAGAAAUCCAUCUGUGGAGCAUAGAUGGUGAUAUUAAACUUGUUUCCAAGUACAAAGGUCACAAACGUACCCGAUUUGUCAUUAGGUCUUGCUUUGGUGGCUUUGACCAAGCCUUCAUUGCCAGUGGAAGUGAAGAUUCACAGGUCUAUAUAUGGCACAGAGGGACUGGGGAACUCCUGGAGACAUUGCCUGGACACUCUGGAGCUGUUAAUUGUGUUAGCUGGAAUCCUGCAGAUCCCCACAUGUUGGCAUCUGCAAGUGAUGACCGCACAAUUCGAAUAUGGGGUUUAAAUCGGGUUAACCUUAAGCGCAAGGACACUUACAGUAAUGGCAUCAUCCACCACUGCAAUGGAGGAAUAUAAGUGCAAAUGCAGAGGAAAAGAAACAGAAAUAGAUUACUUGAAUUAGUCAAGUAUCUAUGUUCAUUUUAAGCCCAUUGUGUUGUGUAAAUUCUGUUCUUGCCUUGGCAUUCAUAGCAAACAAGCAUGUAAAUUUAUGCAGCUGCUAUCUGCCAAUAAACCAUCUAACGAUGACAUUUUUUUUUAUUUAAUUUCUCCCAAUUUGUUUAGCUAAAAUUUAAGAUUGUUCAAGGCAUGGAUUGCAUCUAUACUAAGUCUAGAUUGUUUAUUGUUUC